AUGGGAUGUUAUUUUAGUUUUCUAUUUCUAUUUCAGUGUGUUUUACUUGGGGGUUUCUCAACUGACAAACUUCAUUUCUCAACUGACAAACUUCAUUCCGUUGCUAGGCUACAAAGACAGGCGGAUCUAGUCCUGAUUGAGGUUCUCCAGGCACGUGGAGAUGGAUCAGACAUUUCGUUUACUAUAGAUUCCACCGUGUCCUAUGUUGUUGUAGAAAUACAGAAUGUCAGACAUGAGCAGAACUGUACACUAAAGGAUCCACACGAUUCUGUCGUCAUAGCAACAGAUGACAAUGAAUCAAGUGGGUACAAAAAGAGAGCUUCCGAAAGGACUCCAAAUGCAGGAGAGUGGUCAGUGACGUGCUCGGGCGAGCAGACGUACACCGUAUUUGUCUGGGGUCUGAGUGACGUCACGUUCCAAGUCCAGUUUAUGGAUCUUUCUGACAAUCCCACUGACGGAGACCCGUUACAGGACAGCAAUGUUACCCUUGGUGUUGAGGUGUCUGGAAGAGAAUAUCUACAGUUGGUUUCCAGUGUUGGGAUUAUUUGCCUGAACGGGUUUUCUGAUAUUUACAAUGUGUCGACAUUAGGCGCUGGACGACAACACAGUUUUUACGAAGUUGUCAUUACUGUCCCAGAUCAGGCCUUCCGAGUCGGUCUGAUAGCUAGAGACAAAGAGAACAACAUCGUCCAUAGACAGAGCUCUGUGAUUCUACCCAAAACAUUUACCGUGUCAAUUUCACAAAUUACGAAAGAUACUUCACCAGGCAGUAACGUCGUGUUUCUCUAUAGUUUAUAUAACAACCAAGACAGGAAUCAAACCCUCAAUAUACGAGUCCUAUUGGAUUCAUUUAAUCCAAGUGAGUUUGCUAGCAAUGCCACGUCAGGGAGUGAAGUUCAAAUCCCUUCUCACACCAAACAAUAUGGAGCCUUUGAUGUCACGAUAUCUCCUCAAUCCUCUGUUGGGUCCACUUGCGACAUAACUUUAAGUGUAGAAGGAACCAAUCACAGUAUAGAAUUUACUAAAGUCUCAUUGGUUGUGAAACCAUCCAAUAACUCACCUUCGACAAAAUCAGAUGUGAUGACGUCACCUGGAGCAAUUUCAAAAAAGAGUACUUCCGCUUCUAGAUUUACUGAGGUCAAUUCGCAAAAGAUGGUGUCAUAUCAAAGCACGAUGAUUACAAUUUCUAACGAUACAAUUGUUACGGACAGAAGUUCUGUCAUGAUAACGACAAUAUCUCCAUGGACUGGAGACACGACGCGGGGCACUACAGGAAGUAGUCCUGAGGCGGAUGUAUCACCCCCGGCCUUCAGCAAACUGUCCUUUAUAGACAGAUGUUACAAAAACGUCAGAUGCUCGAUAGGAGAAUGGGUGGUUUUGUUUGUGGUCCAGGAUAACGAGUCCGGAGUUCACCGUGUGGUGGCAGAGGAUACAAUCCAUUCCUUUGUCCGGACAGAGAAUUUCACUGAUGGCCUGGCUAAUGUACCAAUACACGGAAACAUAAGUACCAGUUGCUGUCAGAACGAGGCUGUGUUGAUUGUAGAGGAUGUCAAGGGAAACAAAGGUCGUUAUAACCUAACCUAUGAAGAUCAUCAGAAUUCAAAUGGAACAGACACGAAUACUUCAGCUACCAAACAUAAACUCAGAGACUUGGCGGCCAUUGUUGUUGGAUUCUGCGCUGGAAUUCUCGCUCUCAUCAUAUUUUUAACACUUAUAAUUCAGUUUAAAUCAAAUAUAGUCUCCAUUUUUGCCAAGAUCAAAUUCCCUCAUUCUGAGAAGGAAGUUGAACUACGUGUACCACACAAACUCUCGAUUAACCCUGGCACCAAGGAAGACGUGUCAGUGUCAAAGAAAGAUGUGUCAACAUCAUAGAAAAAUGUGUAAAUCGCUAAAAAGAUCAUGAAAAAGAUUUUAAACACUUGAGUGAUGUCAUUUGCCCAAAAGCUGGAAAUGGUACUCAGAAAUGUGGUUGUUCUCUAGUUAAAUCGAUGGAAAGUGAAAUCUUACUAGCAAAUACCAAAUUUCACUGACAAAUCUAAUACAGAAUACUGAGAAACAUCAAUAUGGGUAAACAGGUCUGGAAUGCUGUUUAGAACCCGAGGAAAUAUCCCUUUGUUAUUUAUUAUUCAAAGUAAAAUAUCGCGAUUUCUUGAAUAUUUUCAUCCGAUUUUAAGACCUUACUCAAGUUUUAACCAGUGAUACUAGUUUUUCUUUCUAUGUGCAAGCAUAUAGGUUAUUUGUCAUUUUAUAUGAU